UUCUGUGUUGUGGCCGUGGGACUCUAUUGACAGUUACAAGUCGGUGCGUUCAAUCGAAUCUGGUUGAUGUGUUAAACUAAACUUUAUCCCACAAUUAGUUGUUACUUUUAUAUUGCGAGUAUGGACUUAUGCCGAUCAUAUUCACCUGACUGUUUCUCCUUGGAUGACAUUCUUGCCUCGAACGCCAAUGUUUCCUGCAAGUUUCUGGAGGAAACUAAACAUCUAGGCUUCCUCGACUCGUCCGGCCAGCACGAGGACGUGCCGGCCAACGCCAAGCUGGAGCUGCCGCUGUGGCUGGCGCACCUGCUCAACGUCACCACCUACAAGCAGAUCGUCAGCGUCAGCCUGCCCAAGCUGUACCGGCAGACGCACAGGACGAUGCUGGACGCUGGAGCGGAGGUGGUCAAUUUGCACUCGUGGGGGCCGCACUUCUACGAGACGGGGCGCCACCUGCUGCGGCUGAGGCAUGGCGAGGGCCCGGCCAUCGCCUCACGCUGCGCUCUCGACUGCGGCCCAUCAUGGACGCCUCCAUGAACCUUACGGCCGACGACAUGACGCCGGUCACAGCGACACUGGACGAGCUGGAGCGCACGCUGUUCGCGGCCGGCCAGGCCAGCACGCGUCGCCACGAGCGCUGGAUGCGCCGCGAGACGGCGCAGAUCACCACCGACCGCAACGUCAUGAACUACCGCAAACGCAAGGCGGCGCACAUGGAAGCUUGAGUGUCGAUUUCCGCCGAUAGGUGGCAGUGGUGAAAGUGCUGCGAAGGUGCCUUAGAGGUGCGUUCGCAUUGGCGCAGGGUUUGCUGGUACUGUGAUGUGGUGCGGUGUCCAUUGCCAACGUUGGCAUAUGUGAACCCCGACAAGCAGUGAACUAAGUAGACUCAUUUUGCAAAAGUGGUGUAUUACUGAUAGUUGAUUUGAUGACAUCCAGGGGAAUUCAUUUUGAAUCCUGUUCACGGUUUCCAACCCUCCCCAGAUGCGCGUUUUCCUCAGAGCCACUGAAAGAAAGACCUCGUGGGCAUCCUGCUAUCUCAAAACCGUCAUCGCGCGCCCGGAUGGACCGGUUGAAUACCCUUCGCUCAGGUCCAUGGAAGGCUUGACUGUCCUGGUCCGGACGGAUUGCACGGUACCUUUUUCACGAAGUGUUUUGGCAGGAACUGGACACCAUAGUCUGUGGUGCUGUCGGGAAGUACACGAGUAUGCCCACAUUCCACCAGACCUGCAGAAAAGGCGUAACAAUCCUCAUCCCGAAGAAAGGCAUAAAUCAGAUCCCGCGAAUGUAGAUGGAAGAUCAAAAUGGGUCGACGAUUUGAAUAAACAAGGCCAAGUCA